AAUAAUGCACGCAGUGAAGAGAUGAACUAGCAUAAGUAUUAUUUAGACCGAUCACAACCAUAAAUUAGAGACCCCCAUUUCAUGCUAAUUAACAUUCUUCCAUCUCACAUUACUUCAAUGUUCGCACUGCGCUCGAACGGUAGCGCGCAUGACGUCACCACUCCUCCUGCGCCAGGACGCGCACCCAAAACACGCAGCGAGACCGAUAUAGGGUUUAAUUUUCUUAUUACAACAUGUCUUAAAUAUCUACAGAUGCCAUCCAGAUCUUAACAGAAAAACAAAUAAACAUGGAGAAAGGGAACCGUGGUUAUUCUCAUUUCGAUCAAUUUCUUGAAAACACGUUCCAGCAGAAAUAUUGGAAAACCAAGCAAACUUUGAUCAAAGUCACGGGGAAGAAGGAGGAUGAACAUGUUGUUGCUUCUGAUGCCGAUCUGGAUGCUAAACUUGAGGUGUUUCAUUCUGUACAAAGAACGUGCAUGGAGCUGCUUAAGGUGAUUGAACAAUAUCAAUUAAGGAUUAGCUUUUUGUCCCAGGAGGAAAACGAACUGGGUCGGUUCCUGCGUUCCCAGGGUUCCCAGGACAAAAGUCGAGCUGGAAAAAUCAUGCAAGCAACUGGGAAAGCACUCUGCUUCUCUUCACAGCAAAGGCUGGCACUGCGCGGUCCCCUGGGUCGUCUGUACCAGGAGGUGGAGACGUUUCGUUACCGAGCGAUCUCAGAUACGUGGCUGACGGUGAACCGGAUGGAACAGUCACGGACAGAGUACAGAGGAGCUCUGCUCUGGAUGAAAGAUGUUUCUCAGGAGCUUGAUCCAGAUACACACAAACAGAUGGAGAAGUUCCGCAAGGUUCAAACUCAGGUGCGUCAAACCAAGACGAGUUUUGACAAACUGAAGAAUGACGUGUGUCAGAAGGUUGAUCUGCUUGGAGCCAGUCGCUGCAAUCUCCUCUCGCACGUCCUGACAACCUAUCAGACCACAUUGUUACACUUUUGGGAGAAGACUUCUCACACUAUGGCUGCCAUUGAUGAAAGCUUCAAAGGUUGCCAGACGCAGGAUAUUUCAACACUGAGGGAUCCAAAGAGCAAGAGCUCAGAUCAAGCCCCAAAGAAACAGGUGAAGAAGAAAAUGAAGGCAAAAGCAGAAGACGAGGAAAUGAGUCAGAAUACAGAUGAAACGCUUAUUUCAAUUGCAGAAGAAAAUCACAGCAGGACGUCCACACAAACAGGUAAAGAAGAGUGUUUAUCCAGUGGUCAGAAGGAUGGAUUGAGUCUUUUAAAUGAGAUUCUGGGCAGCAGUUCUCUGGAUGAGGGGGGUUUCACACAGGAAUGGCAGGAUGUGUUUGGUGAAGAUGAGACGACCGGCAGUAUCGGAGCAGAGGUUCAGACAGAUGAGGAGGAGUCUGCUUUCUUUCUGCCGUCCAAACUGUUUGACCAGAACAUGAACGAUCUGCAGUCUUCAGUCUCAGGUUGGGCAACAGCCAUCCCGCAGAAUAUUUCAGAAAUCUCUGCAGCAAGUCAAAACUCUUCCAAACCUGUAGUCCAAGAUAACACCUCAAAAGAUCUCUUGGCUUGGUUCAACCUUUUUGCCGAUCUGGACCCGCUGUCAAACCCAGAUGCGAUUGGCCGGACAGAUGAGGAACGUGAUCUGCUUAGUGCGUAAUCAGAUGGACUUUAUCACUGUUUUCACACACAUGCCAGAGACCUACAGAUGCCUGUAUUAGGCAGAUAUCAGAUACGGUUUCUAUAUGCCAAAGCAGCUUUAACCUUAAUUAAUUCAUGAAUAAAUAUUUGCUGCCAAAGUAUACCAAUAAUAUUCACUCUGGCCUGGAGUCCCAAGCUGGGAGUGUUUUUCCUUUCUUUCUAUUUCCUUGUACAACAUAAUCAAGUAAACUGACAAUAUUUGAUCCACUACCCAACAGCAUUCCACUACAGUGUGUUCAUAGUUAAUAUGGUGCUUUUGGAAAUUGUAAUAUUGCAUGCAUAUUUCUUUUUAAAUCAUUGUUCGUUUACAUCGCAUUUGUUCUUUCUUAACCUUGUUUAGGUAUUGAAUGAAUUUUAUCUUGCCGUUUAAAACGAAUGCUGCAUUUCAAAAGCCUUAAAUAUGAGAGUUAUUUAGGCAAUGCCAUGCAUUUAUUUAUUUAAAUGAUCUUUAUCAUAUGGAAACUAGCUGAUGUGAAAUCAGCCAUUGAUUGGUGAAGGUGUUGAUGUUUGUGAAUUGUCAUGCUAUUGUUCUAGUGAGGGAUUACAAAUUCAAAUGCUGUUGAACAGCUUGGUCACACCAGGCCUGGGUAACAUAAGCUUUUAUCAUUUAGUAUUUGUUGGUUAACUGUAUUUAUUCUAACCUAGUAAUGAAUAUGUGUGCCUGAAAAUUGGGUUCUAUUACAGAGACCUUGACUUUCACCAUGACCCCACAUUUUCAUUAUAUAUAUAUAUAAAAUGUUUCACACUAUGUGAGUCCUAAUAUACAGUGAGAACAAACAGCCUCACUGAAUUAUCUAAAAUAAUAUCAUCAAUGCUUUACAAGACAAAGGAAAAUGUAAUUCAAUUAGU